GAACGGCAGUCCGCGAGACCGGCUACGUCGACACAAGAUGACGGGGCUCACGUCGUACGUUCAGGUUGGCCCCGCGUCGCGCCGGAGCCUUCGCGUUCCGCGAUGACAGGCCCCCCACGCUGUGGGGGCCCUUAGGCAUGCGCGACAGGCAUUCGGGUUGACUGAGAACACAAACUGAAUCAGCCUUGCGACUUUUGGCCGGUCUGCGCUCUCGCCGAGGCUCGGGCUGCUCACGGACCGGUCUCCUUCGUCCCCCUUCUCCCCACUCCGAAAGCUAAGCUUACUGUUGGCAGGUCCCUGGGCAAACAGCGUGAGAUGGGACGGACAUCAAAGGACAAGCGGGAUGUCUACUACCGCCUGGCCAAGGAGAAUGGCUGGCGUGCCCGCAGUGCCUUCAAGCUGCUACAACUUGAUGAGGAAUUCCAACUCUUCCAAGGUCCCCACCUGGCGGGCGUGACACGGGCAGUUGACCUGUGUGCAGCCCCGGGCAGCUGGAGCCAGGUGCUGAGCCAGAAAAUUGGGGGUCAGGGCUCCGGCCAUGUGGUGGCUGUGGACCUUCAGGCGAUGGCUCCAUUACCAGGUGUGUUACAGAUCCAAGGGGACAUCACCCAGCUGUCCACUGCCAAGGAGAUCAUCCAGCACUUUGAGGGCUGCCCCGCGGACCUAGUGGUGUGCGACGGGGCUCCCGAUGUAACUGGCCUCCACGAUGUUGAUGAGUAUAUGCAGGCCCAGCUCCUCCUAGCUGCUCUGAACAUUGCUACACACGUCUUGAAGCCAGGGGGCUGCUUUGUAGCCAAGAUCUUCCGAGGCCGGGAUGUGACUUUGAUCUACAGCCAGCUGCGUGUCUUCUUCUCCAGUGUGCUGUGUGCCAAGCCCAGGAGCAGCCGCAACUCCAGCAUAGAGGCCUUCGCUGUCUGUCAGGGUUAUGACCCCCCUGCAGGCUUCCUUCCGGACCUGACAAAGCCCCUGCUGGACCACUCAUACGAUCCAGACUUCAACCAAUUAGAUGGACCCACUCGCAUCAUUGUGCCAUUUGUGACCUGUGGGGACCUGAGCUCCUAUGAUUCAGACCGCAGUUACCCACUGGACCUGGAGGACGGCUCAGAGUACAAGUACACUCCACCCACGCAGCCCCCCAUCUCACCACCGUACCAGGAGGCCUGCACGUUGAAGAAGAAAGGGCGGCUGGCCAAGGAGAUCCGCCCCCAGGACUGCCCCAUCAGCACUGUAGACGCGAUGCCCCAGCCCCUGGCUGCUCCACAGCGCCACACCCUGCUGCCCUCUGAGGUGGAAGACAAUGGAAUGAAUUGUUCGCCUUAAUACAUUCAGUUAGCUGGCAAUCUGAUAUAACUCGGAAGCUGUUUGCUGUCAGGAAAAUGAGAACUGGCAUUGAUGAACUUGUUUUCAAAAAUCUCAUCAUCGGGUCCUGAGCAUCCGAGUGGGAACCUGCAACAACCACCAUGAACACAGCAAGGAAAGAAACAUCACGGAACGCCUGUCUGUGCUGCAGAGGGGAUUCUUGAGCCAGGUCUUGCCCCCUCUCUCAGUCUUUCCAGGGGCAUCCUGGUUAUGUCCAGAAUUCACCCCCAAAACAGGGAUUCUUAACCCAGAUAGAAAUCAGGGUAUCUGUGAACAUAACGGAGGAAAAUAUUACAUCUUUAUUUUCACUAAUACUGAACUGAAAUUUCACUAAUAUAACUGAAAUGUAGCUUUACCCCCAAAUACAAAUGCUGGCAACAAUUCACAAUACUAAAAGCGGUGCCUGUACCUUCCCACCAAUACAAAUCAGUUCCUUUUUAAUGUUGAGGUUUUUGCAGGCAUCUUGAAAUCCUGUUCACGUUUAUCACUACUUUGAAUUAUAGAAGAUCUUAUAAUUUGAUGUUCUAAUAAAAAAGUCAAUAUAUUACUGUA